AUGGAUGGAUUCACUGCAGCUUUCCUGUCGUACCUAGUUCGACCCCACAUCCCCCUCGAUUUCCAAACCCCAGAAACAACAUACCUGGACGCUGAUUCCAUGCCACCGCACCGGGUCGGCUUCGCAAUGGAUCCGGUCUUGCGCUCUCUCUCUCUCUCUUUUCUUGGCCCGCCGCACCCAAGGGGACGGAGGAGGAGGGGCAGAAAAAAAUAUACGCAGCACGUCUCCACCACGGCACAGUACCUAGUCAGUCAGUCGGGCCCAGGGGCCCAGCUCGGAAAUCCCAGGUACUGGGGUCCAUGUUUCCCCGGAAACAUGGCAUCUCGGGCUGUGUCCUGCGCGUGGGAGCAUGCAUGGAUCACGGCGCGCUUGAUGAGCCGUACGGGAUCGCUGUGCUUGGAGAAGUUUGUUGGGCGCGGCGUUGCGGGAGAGGCUUGUACUCGGCGUGGGGCAUGGUUUCCCAAGCUUGUCUGCGUGAACGAAUCAUGGGAGCUGAGGACAUCUGAUGAAAAGUCGGCCGAUGUUCUACCGCGGCGUAGAGGCGGAAGCUUGUGGGCCAAGGGCCGUGAAGGCGAAGGCUGCGGCUUUACGAUGGCUACAUGGCGUGCAUUUGUGAAGUACGGCCAGAACUCCAACCAAUUUCCGUCAGAUCCCCAAAGGCAAAUCCGUAACGUCGGGUAUAUGCCUUACACAGUCAAGUCCCUAGGCACCGGUACGUGGCCUGCCAUCACUCUACAAGUCGGCAAGCAUGGCCGAUAUGAUUGCCGUCGACGCAAGACUUCUUCGCCGUGCAACCUGCGCACGUCAAACCCCGGGCCAAGCCGCUCGGCAGCCUCUUCAUUGACGGCCUCGUUGCCUUAUGCGGCAUCGCGGAUGGACUGCGGGGAAGCUACAGAAGCACUAUGGUCAAAUCUCGCCGACGAUCGCCUUUCCCUAACCGUCGUGCGGCGCGCCUGCUUGGCUCCCAACGCGCCAUUGGAAGUGGUAUCCGGCUUUGCGAAAUCAAUCCAGGGACAUGGGCCCCGUCUGCCUUAUAAGAGGCGCUUGCUCACCCCCGACUGUUGGCUCGAAAUCCCUUGGGUCCUUUCUCUUUUCCUCACACGUUCGUUGUUGUGGGAGACCAAGUUCCUGUUCGACGUCAUGGCGAACUUCAACGACACAAAGGAUGGCGCGCUCGAUAAUAAGGCCCAGGUUGAGGAACGCCACCAUGGUGUUGGGCUCGCGGCGAACAUGAGUCCUGAGAGAAGGGCUGAGGUCGAGAAGAAGUUAAAAUUCAAGUUGGAUUUGCGGUGUAGUUUGUUCAUCUUGAUCUACAUCAUGAACUAUCUCGAUCGUAACAACAUUGCCUCUGCCCGUCUUGGUGGUCUUCAAGAAGAUCUCGGUAUCAACAACACCCAGUAUGCGACCUGUUUGAGUAUCCUGUACGUGGGAUACAUCUUGAUGCAGGUUCCAUCGAAUAUCAUCAUCAACCGAAUCGCGCGUCCGUCACUGUACAUCGCCGUCAUUAUGCUUGCAUGGGGCAUGAUCUCAACCUUGUCCGGAAUCGUCACAAACUUCUCCGGCAUGGUCGCGAUCCGCUUCUUCAUCGGGUUUACCGAAGCUGCUUUCCUGCCCGGAGCGCUUCUUAUUCUCUCCAAGUGGUACACCAAGCGUGAACUAACCCUUCGCAACGCCCUCCUCUUCUGCGGUAACCUCAUCUCCAACGCCUUCUCUUCCCUCGUCGGAGCUGCUGUCCUUGGAAACAUGGAGGGCGUACUUGGCCAUCGUGCUUGGAGAUGGCUAUACUGGAUAGAGGGGGCUGCCACAAUGGCCAUUGCUAUAUCAGCAGCUUUCAUUCUUCCCGAUCUCCCUCACAACUCUCGCGGCUUCACUGAAGAAGAGCGCGCAGUAGCUGUGCUCCGCAUGACCGAGGACGUUGGUGAGGUAGACGCUGAUUCGGAAGAACAAGGAGUCUUUGACGGUCUCUUCAUGGCUGUCAAGGAUACCAAGAUCUAUGUCAUGAUGUUGACGUUCACUGCUUACGUCGUUGGUCUUUCCUUCAACGCCUUUUUCCCCACCCUAACACAAACCCUCGGAUUCUCCCGCAUCGGCACCCUUCUCAUGUCCGCUCCUCCGUGGGCGUUCGCUUGUAUUGUCUCCAUCAUUAACGCAUGGCAUGCCGAUCGCCAACAAGAACGUUUCUGGCACAUUGUGGGCCCCAUUUUCGGUGGUCUGGUUGGCUUCGUCAUCUCCAUGAGUACUUCCAACACGGCCGGCCGCUACGUUGCACUCUUUCUCCAAGCAUCCUCGUACGCCGGUUUCAUCGUAUUCUACUCGUGGAUCUCGUCGUCCUUCCCUCGUCCCCCUGCUAAGCGCGCCGUCGCCAUUGCCAUGGUCAACGCUUUCUCGCAACUUGGCAACAUUGCGGGCAGUUACGUGUGGAACAUGAAGGACAAUGGAUACAGGAACAGCUAUGGUGUGGUUACGGCCAUGUUUGGUGUCACCAUUGUCGGAUGCUACAUCUUCAAGCUCAUCCUCGUGAGGUUGAACAAGAGGCUGGAUGAGGGCACAGACGCGUGGGUUGUGCACGGAGACGUGGCGGAACAGACGGCCAGGACAGAGGGCAUUAGUGUAGAGGACGGCCAGAAGUUGAUGAAGGACUUUAGGUACCUUGUGUAA